AUAUUAUUUUAGAUUAGCUGAAGUUUUAAAUUAGAUAAUACAAUGUCAGAAAAUUUUCAUCUGAAACUAGAUCAUGAAGUUUCUAAAAAUAAUCAACGAUAGACCUACUGAAACUCUCCUUCUGGUGAGAUAAACACUAUUUGGAUCAUUGUUAAUGAAUCAUUCACAAUAGGGUACCACAUUGGGAUGACUGAUGCUUUCAUACGCGCAUCCACAACCACCUCCGCUUCGAUAGAUAUGUUGUCGUUAUCUCAUUUUCUAAAGCUCAUAAAUAGUUUUAUCCUCAUUGCUUCCAUUUCAACUUUUUGACCAGUUUACAUGAUCUAGUUCCAGCUUACAUUUGUUAUUGUAAUUUCACUUUCAAUUACACUUACUUAAACGUUUAUUGCAUUUCCAAUCCAUAAAAUAUCAUUUCAACUGAAAGUUGUCUGGGGCAAGUAAGGGAAGCACACUAUGUCUUACUGGAAAAUUAUCGCAAGGCUGUGCAUUUCAGCAAUUAUAAUUUUGUCAAAAGCACAAUUUUCUAUAUCAACAAAUGAAAAGGUUCAAUCCAAAUCUUCAAACAUCGUUAGUCUCUUUCAUCCAGAUUCAUUGUUGAGAAAUCACUUGGAAACAACUGAAGAACCAUCUGUUGAGUUCACACCAGAAGAGCCAUUCCAUCAGCCUAAACCAACAACAGGUAGACCAGUUCAUAGACCGACUAGGAAAGGCGCCGCCCAGCUAUAUUUCGAAAGAUUCUAUCACUUCCAAACAACAGAGGAAUCAUCUGAUGAGGUCACAACAGAAGAACCAUUCCAUCAGCCAAAACCAACAAACGGUGAACUAGAUCAUAGACCGACUAGGAAAGAUAUUGCCCUAUUACAUUUUCAAAGAUUCUAUCACUUUGAAACAACGGAGGAUUCAUCUAAUGAGUUAACAACAACAGAAGAACCAUUCCAUCAUCCUAAAAAAACAAAAGAUGGUCUGGAUCACAAAACGACUAGGAAUGACAUUGCAGGUGGAUCAGCAGAUUCCCUGAGAAACGACACUUCAUCAGAUCCGAAAUGCGUGUAUACAAAAGAAGAAGCGUAUUGUCAAAGGGUGCUUAUUAUAGCAACUCUGCUAGUCACUUGUACAAUCAUUGCAUCAGUUUUUAUUCUGUGUCUGCUUCAAUACCUCCACCUUCGGAAGUACACAUUCUACAUUAAUGACGGAAUUCUACCACAUAAUGAAAAAAAAUCUAAUUGCAUGCCUUUGAAUGAUGUGAAAAUGAAAGAUGUGCCGCUAUGAUACGAGAUGAACAAGUAACAGAAGAUGAAUCUGACGGAUUCGCACUUAAGCUUAUCAGCAUUAUUGACAACUAGUUAGCUAGUACUAGUAUUUCACUAGAACAUUGACAAUUUGGUAAGAAUUUGUCUAAAUGUCUGUGAUAGACUAAUAUAAUUCAUUAGAUGCUUCUAUAAAAAUUAUGCCGUGAUAGGCCUAUUUGAGCAAUGUUGUUUGUUGAUGAGCAGUGAUAAUUUAGGAUAAGAGUGCAGCUUAUGACGAACGAACAUUUUGUGGAUGAAGAACUCCUUAGAGAGAGUGGUCAGUGUAUUUUAUAUAGUGUUCUUCCAUUGCUUUAUAAGUAAUGGACGCAGGCUUAUGUAUUUUGUAUUAUAGUUUAUUUUUAAACAGUAUUAGUGUAUAGGAAAUGUAAUUUAUUUAUUCAUAAAUAAAAAUAAAUGUCUUACUGGUUG